AUGGAAAAAGAAAGGUAAUUCAAUUUUUUUUGCUAGUCGUAUAUAUGUAUUUCUAUAAAUAUAAUCAAUUUCUAAUUAAUGUUUUUCAAUGUUUAUUAACUUAAAAUUACAUGCGGUAAUUCGUUUAAUAAUUAUUUUUUUUAAAUUAUGUAAUAUAUUGAAAUUAAUGCAUCAGGUUUACAAUGCUCCUUUUGGAUCCUGGAGAAAUAUUCUUUGAGGAUUAUAGUGUUCAAAUGAAAGUAGUUGAUAAUUGUACUUCAGAAGAACAAAAAUGGAAAGAUGGAAGAUUAAAAUUAUGUUCAAAAUCCUUAGUAUUUGUAAACAAAGAUAUUAAUCAACCUCUAAUUAAAAUUCAACUUAAGGAAACUAUAGCUAUUGAUCAGUAUCAAUCCAACAAUGAUAUAGCAAAAUGUGGCAAUGGUCAAAUAUUAUUGGUCAAAUGCAAACAAUAUGUGAAGAUGUUAGAAAAAAAUAUACUUGCACCAUAUAAAUUUAUACAUCAGAAUGCUACUUUUCACUUCUAUUUUAAUUAUGCAAAAAUAGAUGAUUGUCUUCCACAAAUUCUCCAGUUAUUUAGAGCAGCUACUUUGCCAACAGCUGAACAAAAUGCCAUGAUUAUGGCUAUUGUGCACUCUAGACAAUCCAGAGUAUCAUUUGAUACAUCAUGGUUGGAAGAUUUAUAUGAACAGGUAGUACUAGAAACUCAAGCAAAUAAAGUAUUGCCUCUUGUUAUAAAUCCAGGAAGAAUACUUUUAACGACUUCAAGAAUUUAUUUUCAACCUUAUAAUAAUUUAGAUCAAGGACUUGAAAUUAAAUGGAUACGACAACCUGAAAAUAAGCUUGAACAUUUAUUUAUAUCGUUAAAAAGUCAAAAUGAUAGGGAUGAAUUAUACACAAAUUUAUUAAAUCAACCUACAAUUUCGUUAGAAAAAGUACCUCAAGAUCAAAUGACUAUGAGGUGGCAAAAUGGUUCUUUAUCAAAUUAUGAUUAUCUUUUGUAUAUUAAUAGUUUGGCAGAUAGAACUUUCCAUGAUUUAACUCAAUAUCCAGUUAUGCCUUGGAUAUUACAAGAUUACACAUCUACUGCAAUAGAUUUAAAUGAUACUAAUAUUUAUAGAGAUCUCUCAAAACCUAUUGGAGCUCUUGAACUAAAUCGGUUAGAAAGAUUAAAGGAACGGUAUUUGGAAAUGUCUGAACCAAAAUUUUUAUAUGGAUCUCAUUAUAGCGCACCAGGAUUUGUAUUAUUUUAUUUAGUACGGAAGUAUCCUCAAUAUAUGCUUUGUUUACAAAAUGGAAGAUUUGAUCAUCCAGAUAGAAUGUUUAAUAGGUAUUACAUAAUUACUCUGUCGACUCUGCAGAAUCGAUUUUUUGUUUCACUCUUACCAACAAAAACACCUAACAGUGUAGCUGACGUAUGGAAAAAUGUUUUGGUGAACAUGUCUGACUUUAAAGAACUGAUCCCGGAAUUUUAUGACACAAGCAAUGGUGGUGAUUUUUUAGUAAAUAGUUAUGGUAUUGAUUUUGGUUAUCGACAUGAUGGGACGAAAAUAGGAGAUGUACAGUUACCACCAUGGGCAAAUGGAUCAGCUCAUUUUGUACAAAUAUUAAGAAAUGCCUUAGAGAGUGAUUAUGCUUCUCAAAAUCUUCAUCAUUGGAUUGAUUUAAUUUUUGGGUAUAAACAAAGAGGAAUCGAAGCAGAGAAAGCUAAUAAUGUAUUUUUCCAUUUAUGUUAUGAAGGAGCAGUAGAUUUAGAUACUAUUAGAGAUAUUAAUGAUAGACAUGGUUUGGAGAUACAAAUCAUGGAAUUUGGUCAAAUACCAAAACAAAUUUUUACUCUACCACACCCAAAGCGUUCUGUAUUUAUGCUAAAUAAAUUGCAUACUAAAACUAUUUCAGUAUCAAUUGAGAAUGAAAUAGAAGACAAAGAAAAUCCUACAGGGAAAACUUUUGAAUUACAUGAAUUAAUAAUGUUCCAAUCUCAUAAAGAAAGUGUGAGCAGCAUUAUCAUAACAAGUAAAGAAGAAAUUAAUGAAGUAAUAUCAGUUGGACAAGAUGGAAUGCUUAAAUUAUAUAGCAUAAAAAAUAAAAAAUUAACGCGUAAUGUAUCUUUAUCAUCGUUACCACUUUCUUCUUGUGUAUCAUAUUAUACAUCUUCUCAUCGCAAUAUAUUAGUUGCCGGUUCUUGGGAUAAUACACUAAUAUUUUAUGACAUUGAGUUUGGCAGAGUAAUAGAUGUACUACAAGGACAUGAAGAUGCUGUUUCCUGUUUAGUAUUAAGUGCUACUCGUCGGAUUAUUAUUUCUGGUUCAUGGGAUUGUACAGCAAAAGUAUGGCAAAGUUAUACUUCUGGGACAAAAAUUAAACCAGCUGAGUGCCUUAUUGCACAAUUAGAUCAUGAUGCUAAAGUAACUUGCAUCAACAUAUCAGGCUCAUAAUUGUAAAAUAAAUGCAAUGGUAUUUGAUCAAGAAGGAAAAAGCAUAAUAUCAUGUGCAGAGGAUAAAAUACUAAAUAUAAUUGAUGUUUAUACAAGUACUCAGAUUUAUCGUACAACUAUAGAAUAUGAACCUUUAACACUAACAUGGUUCAAAAGUUUUUUAUUAAUAGGCGAUAAUAAUGGUAAUAUUAAUGUUUGGAACCGCCAAGGUGCAGUUUUUAUCACACAAAUACAUUGUCAUGAUGGUACAGUAUUCUCUAUAUUAAUUUCUUAUACUUACAUUAAAAAAUUAAAUAUUUACAUAUUUAAUUUAUAUGUGAUUUUAUUAAUAAUUAAGACCAUUAUUUUUUAGGUCCAAUCAAUACAUUAUCAGUAUCAAUAGAAAAUAAUAUAGUUUUAACUGGUGGAAGAGAUAGGAAAAUAAUCGUAUGGGAUUGUAAAAAUGUAUAAGUCAUGUUGUAAUAUCUAUAAUGACUGAAAGAUUUUGUAGUUAUAAAUUGCAUUAUCAAUUUAUAGUAAAACUUUUCAUUUUAGAAAAUAUAA